AUUUGAGAAGACGUUACAGAGUUGAGCAUAUAUAUAUCUAAACUCAGAACAGGAGUAAAAAUACGAAGCUGUCAGCGCUCGUUUUUUGCUGUAAAUGCAGUUUCGCAGCUCGCUCCCGUAAAGCUUUCAUUGUUGACGUUGUUUUGUUGUACUGCGUUUUACGCAAUAGGACGUCUGAGCCAUUUAACUCGACCUAGUCAUUGUUUCACCUUCCGAAAAUUACUCUCGACCUGAGUUAGUCUGCCUCAGUUCCGAAUGUAUCGCCUUUGUUCUUGUUCUUUUUUAUCGACGUGACAGUGUUUCACUGUACUUUCCUUUGAAGUUGUACAAAACGUAAAGACUUCGACAUUUGUGGCGUUUUUUUUUUUUUGACAACGGGCAGUAUUCCGCCAUUCUGCUCGCCAAAAUACCUUUAUCCGAAUUUAUUACAUUGGUUUCCACUUGUAAUUUAAAGUGUAUAUUCUCCGUCCUUCUCUGUACUGAAUGAAUGGACUUUAAAUGCGCAUGCGUGCUGGACCUGGACGUUUAUAAACAAGGCAUCGUCACAGGACAAUAGUGAUGUAAUAGUUACAUCAUGGUUUGGGAGGUGAAAAAUCCACCUCUUCCAUCAAGCGACUCCCAUGAUUGCAACAUGCAACAGGCUGACCAUCAGACUCAAUACACAGGAAGAAUGAGCGCUGACGGGGACCAGGCUCUUGAUCCGCUACGCUGUGACGAACACUUCCUCUCCUCCCCCGGCAUCCCCACCAGCGACAGCUUCAUGGAAUAUGACGACCUGCCAGACCUCCAGGAGGUUCGGGAGGAACUAACGGCGGCGCCCGUUUACCAGGUGGAGGUUGGUGUGUCGCACCAGGAGUGGCCUCAGCCUCCAGAGACGCUCUGGCUCACACAGCUGGCUCACAUCGCCACGGGGCCCCAGAGCCCGCUUCUACAGGACCUGCCUCACAGCAGCUCCUCUGCAGUCUGCAUCCCCAGCACCAGCAGUGAUCUACACACCUACGCCCGUCCUCCACCUACUCUCCCGAUCAGCUCGUCGCCCUCUAGAGUUCACAGCAGGGAGCGACAUCGCAGCAGGACGAGCAGUGAGUGUGGCUCUGCCGUAUCAACCAGGUCCUCCCUGUCUGAUGAUGAGGACAUGGGCUGGAGUUUCUCCUGUCCACCCACAGUCUGGCAUUGCUUUCUAAAAGGAACUCGCCUGCGUUUUCACAGCGGCUCAUGUGUGGACUGGCAGGAUGUUGAGGACAUGGGGUCUGGUGAAGAAGACCGUGCCGAUGAAGAGCGCUCAAGAUUCCUGAAGAGUUAUGGCUCUGAGGGCCUGCAGCUGGUUGAGCACGAAGAAACUGUGUCCUGUGGUCAGGCCGUCUUGCAGCUAAUCUUUGACCCCGGCGUAUUCGGACAUACGCCAAUCACGGCCCGGUGCCAACUGGAUCACCCUUUCUACGUCAAAAACAAAGGAUGGUCCUCGUUUUACCCAAGCUUGACUGUGGUGCAUUAUGGGAUACCGUGCUAUGAAAUGGAAGUGGGCGAUAUGUGCCUGCCUCCUGGACACCGGGAUGCUAAGCAUACGGAUGACUCCCUCGUGUUUGACACAUUUAGAAGUUAUGACUUCACUCCUCUGGACUCCUCCGCUGUUUACCUGCUGAGCAGCAUGGCCAGACGCCGACAUGCCUCACAGUCCAGUGGGGGCGCCGUUUCUCCCGACAGAGACACAAUGCGAGACAGCCACAGUCCCAGCCAUUCCCUCUCCAAACAUCCAAAGCCAGCUAAUGCUAAAGCGCAAGCUAGCGGCAGUGCCACGCCCAACAAGUGCAAGCGGCCAAUGAAUGCCUUCAUGCUGUUCGCCAAGAAGUUCAGAGUGGAGUACACGCAGAUGUAUCCCGGCAAGGAUAACAGAGCGAUCAGCGUCCUCCUGGGCGAGCAGUGGAAGAAAAUGCGAAGCGAGGAACGCCGCAUGUUCACCCAGCAGGCCAAGGCGCUCGCCGACGAGCAGAAGAGGCUCAACCCCGAUUGCUGGAAGCGCAAAAGAACCAACUCUAGCUGCCAAGGAAAUCAAAGCUGAACUCACAAAGGCAUGUAGGAGAACACACAGUCUGGGAAAAAAGGAUUCAGCACCACAUCCUGUGUUGAGCUUAUGUGUUUAUGGGAUUUUCACCGAUCUCAGGACAAAGUAAACACUCACAGCUGCUCUCGCCUCGAAGCAUGUUUUAAAAAAAAAAAAAAAAGUUAUCGUUCCUACAGAUGGGUGUGGCGUCUCCCAGAACCGCAGGUUUUAAAUCUCAGUGGCGUUCAUCAAUUCACAAAAUGUGAUCUUAUGAAAACAGAGAGACUGUGGGUAUUCUCAGCGUCUCUCUUUAUGCUUGAACCAGGUGGAGGUUGUGGUGCUGUAGUGUUUUAGCCAAAGCAGUGUAGCCAAUUUCUCUUAAAAUUUAUGCCAUAAAAUAGGAUAUAUGCAAUUUAUUUUCUUGCCUGUACUAUUUGUAUUUAAACUAUGUUUUAUUGCACACAAUUAUAUGAUAUGUAUGUAGCGUUAGCUUAUUUUAGCCUUGUUUUACUGCAGCUUUAGUGCAUAAUAUUCAUCUACUAAACAAAUUUUCACCAAAUGUAGCAUUAAUUCAUUAAUACUUAAAGGGAUAGCUCGGGAUUUUUAAUCCAAGGUCCUGCUGGAGAGUAGGAAGCAGUUAAUAUCUUACCUACAGCAGAUAACACGCUUCAUUUAGUGUGAGACAACACUAGCUGAGCUCAGAGGCUAAUGCUAAUGUCUAGUCUAAGAGGGGCCAAAACGAAGGCCUAGAACAACUCCAGUCUCAAAAGGCCCUUGAACAUGUAGUCUAUCUUUCCACUGAUUGGCUGUUUAAAGAACCUGGUUAUUAUUUACAUUGAUAAUUGGUCUUUGAUGCAGUGCGCCACCUAUUAUCGUCCUGUAUGAAACACAGCAUUUCGGCUGACAGUAAACAUGUGAUAUAAAAGUAAAACAGAAUAAACAACUAUACCAUAUUAUAGUUUUUUUAAUGGAAAGUUAUUGUAUUGUAGUGUUAAUUUUUGAAAGUACAUUUUAAAUUAGCUUUAGCCAUAGCAUUUUAGUCAUAUUCAGGUCAUUUUAGUUUGGCUGUAGCUUUACUCAACUAAAUCUUACCAUAAAAAUCAUGAACUACAAGAUGAAGAGGCAAGACAUUAACUGCUCAUAACGCUUCAACAACCCUGAACUGUCUCCUUAAGGUUUUCGUAUGAAAGGCAACGUGUGUAGUUUUUUUUUUUUAUGUAAAUGAGCAACAGUUCUGUUUGAACUCAUCAAACAUUACGAAGCACGUCUUUAAGAACACAUAGAGUGCAUUUCUCUUUUUGUCAAACAUCUGCAGGGCCAGACUUUAAAGCCACGCUUCAAACAUAAGAGCGCUGGUGCAGAAAAUGAGCAAAACUGCCAUUAAAUCCUACAGGGGACCUUCAAAAGAAAUGCUUUACUUCUCUCUGGCUUUUAUUUUGAUAGAGGGAACAGAAGGUUGAAUUUCCUAAAGGAAGUGAAACCAAAAAUUCAUUUGACUUGAUUGCCUCAGUAGUUAACUGAAUGUGAUCACAAAAUGUGCCUUUGGUUUUAAUCCACAUGAUUACAGCUCAUGUGUUUAGCUGUAAUCAAAGCUCAUUUGUGUAAAAUAGAAGGCAGAUCAUCUUAAGCAGUUCUUCAUUAGGAUUUGUGUCACUCCGAUCUGUUUGGGGGUAUUUUAAACCUCCACAGAUAAUGUUGUAUCUUUUAUUUUUAAAUGUUCGAACCAAAAUCACAGCGACACCACCCAUUUACAUCAAGUCCAGCUUCACCUUUUAUUCUGUUUGAAUUCCUGUGAGUGAUUUUUGUAUUUUGUAUAUUUCUAGUCACUGCCAGGAAAUUCCAGUGAGCUCUUUGUAUGAGGCAUAAAAAACAGCUGGAUUUACAUGCACCCCUUAAAGAACUUUUUUUUUUUUUUUUUUUUACAGAAAUUGAAACCAGAGGAUGAUUCUUAUUUACAUUCGCUUUGCCUGAAUUUGCAAUUUAUAGUGCAGAAUGAGUCAUCUAAAUAAAUAAAUAAACAUAAAAGCUACUAAAAUAUUCACUCAUCAGCCCAACCCCUUAUGGAAUUUGAUUUAAUUUGGAAAAAAAAAAUCUUUUUAUACCUUGAAAACCUAGUUAUGCAAUGGUUGAUUAGAGAAGUAAAAAGCUAGCUUUAGCUUUCCACUUUAUUCACGUUGUGUCCACAGUACAAACCUAGGUGUAUAUUUUAAUCGAAACAGACUUAUUGUUUAAAACUAAAACUCUGUAUUUUUUCAUUAUCUUUUAGAAGACAUUUUACAGUUGGGUUCUGUUAACUUCAGCAACAUUUGUAAUUUCAAAUAAGCUUAGUUUUUUUUUUUGGCAGCUAAAGCUAACGGCUAAUCAGAUUAGGCCAAGAUGGAAGCAGAUUUGUCAAAUAUCACUUCAUCCACAGAAUCUUAUAAAUCUUUAAGCUGACAUUUUUAAACAAGCAUACUAAGUGAAUGCAGUUUUACUUUUUUUAUUUGUAGCUGAGACAAAACUAAUUCUAAUUGAUUGGUUUUAGCGUCACAAACGGCGUUUGUGUUGCCGUGUGCCUGUUAGUCGCUCCAUCUUCUCUAUCUCUCUGUCACUCAAUGGCUUUUUUCACUAAUUUUCCAUUUUAAUCAGUCACUUCGUCAGUAUCCGUCUCUGUCUAGGAUGCCAUUCUGUUUAUAUUUGUUUAAAAAAAAAAGUAUAUUUGUGAAAAUAAUAUUUUAGAAAAUAAAAUAAUUGUUCUAAAAAUAAGAUAUUUGCUUUAGAACACAUUUCGUCCUUUACAUUUUUGUAUAAUGACAAAACCUUUUUGCUAGAGCACUUUUAUACACAGAGACAAUUCAGGCUCUUAAAAACCUGCAUUAAAUAGCAUUUAUUAAACCGUAAAUCUUAAAAUAUUUUUGACUUGAUAGGAACUCCUUUAGAGGGUGUAUGUAAAUCCACUUCCCACGCAGAAUGUGACGGCAUUCAUCCUCUCGCCGCACAGUAAGGGUCAUUCUUAAUGCACUUUAUACACUUUAUCUUCCGAGACUGCUACAGUAUGUGUCAUGACAAAUAUUAAGAUUAUUAUAGAGAAAACUAUAUUUUUGUGGUUUGAAUUCAUCUUUAACUUCUUGUGUUGGAUUAUCUGACGUUUUGUUCAAGCCGUGGCGUCACGUACAGCUCAAUCCGGAGGAGAUGAUGUCAUGUAGUUCAUGAGUAAAAAUAAAAAGCAUGACAAACC